ACUAACAGAAGGGGAAAGCAGGGAGGAGAACAGAGGGACCAAAGAUUCCUGAGAGUUUCUGAGUUAACUUUUAGUUGUUUUAUUUUUCUUUCUUUCUUUUUUUUUGUAAUGAAGUUUAGUGAUGUGCACGUUUUUACCGCAUUGAUACUGGUUGAUUACUUGCCAGAUCAUCUGACGACGUGAUCUGACAUUCAUCUACCUCAGCAGCUCCUGCUGGAAAACUGGGAGUCAGAUUCCAGUUGGCAUCCUAGCCUCUAACAUCAUCCCUCCAAAAUGAGCGAUGGCAAUGAGAGGCCACAGACUGAUGGAAGUUGGAGCCACAGCCACGGUGCCAGACAGGCCCCCAACGUCAAGCCCAAACUCAGCCAGAAAGAGAGGAACAGCAAGGAGGACCAUUGGAAGAAGGAGAAGACCACAAAAGUGAGGCGAUCCAGGAGUACUGACUCAGAGCGGACGGAAAGAGGGAGGAGGAGAGAAAGAGACAGGCACCAGGGAGAAAGGAGGCAGCGUGGGAGGAGUGAGGAGGCCCGGAGACGAGACAGGAAAGAGGGGGAGAGUGACCGGGGAAAGGUGAGGCCCCCUGAAAAUGAUGUGGAAGACACUGAGUGCGCUGUGUGCUUCUGCUCCUAUGAUAAUGUCUUCAAGACCCCAAAGUUGCUGGCGUGUGGGCACACCUUCUGUCUAGAGUGCCUUGCUCGCAUCAACGUGACCUCCUCUGAGCUCAAGACUCUGUCAUGCCCCGUGUGUCGUGAGCUGACUGAGCUCCCCCACGGCCAGGACCUGCCCCGCCUGGGAAACAAUCAGGACAUCAUAGGCAAACUGCCACCAGACAUGCAGAGGGCACUGUCCAUCCGCUUUAAGCGCAGAAAGGGCAAACUGGUCCUGAAAAACCCUCCUCCCACCAGCCCCACCACAUCUAACACCAUCACCCUGCCUAAAAAGAGUCAGGAUGGCCAGGUGACAGCAGGUGGUGACCUCCACUUGCACACAAUGGAGCAGGGAAUAGUGCCAACCACUGUGGUGGAUGUAGGCAGGCCUCCAAACAGGGUAAGAGGGCGCCUGCGCAGGUUGUUCCGCUCGGACCAGUGCUACUACACCGUGGUGGCGUCCAUCAUCACCAUCACUGUGGCGCUCAUGCUGGUGGGGAUUCUGGCCUUUGUGAUCAUACCAAAUGUGGUCAUUCACCGGAGGCCUGUUCAAAUGGUAAACCAAACGGUAGGAAAUGGAGAUCAAUUCACAAGACCCUGAGGAGGCACAGAGGGAUGUGCUGUAGAGAUGACUCUAAAGUGGGGGGAGAGAUUAUCACGCUCCUCUUGGGGAGCAUUGGUGAAGGAAAAACUAAGCACUGGGACGCACUCAAGCUGGUUCACAUGCAGUGAAGAAAUGAAGGAAAACGAGGACAGCAACAUUUUUUAAAUGCAGGACAGACAGGCUUAAAGUUGCACAUGAAGGAAACAGGGAAAACUUGCAUGUUUUCUUUUCUUUCUUUCUUUUUUUUUUUACCUUUGUGUUCUUUUCUGAGCAUGUUUGUGAUUACUGUGAAAGUCAGAAACGCUUUGUGUGUGAGGACACUGCUCAGAAGAAUUAAUAAGCUGUAAAUGUUGAAAUGCACUAAACUCUGUGGGGAAGGGUCUUGAGUGUCUUUUGAUUGCGUCAGGCUGAGCUCAAUAACCACUUCAGGGUUUCUAGUUCUUACCUGUUUUGUUUAUAGACCAGCUCACUGUACAUAGCUAUAGAUGAUUUAUAUAUUUUUAAGUAUUCUCUCUUUCCCUCAUAAGAAUGGACUUUAUUCCCUGUCUUAUCAUCAAAUAAAGCCUUUUCUCAGA